ACACAGGAAAGAAAAGCCUCCCCUCGUCGCCCUACCACACCAUCAUCAUCACACCCCGGGGCUGUAAAAAGCUCGGCGAAAUGCGCUCAAAAGGUCUCCUCCCUCCCUCCCUGCUCUCAUUUCGGCUCCGCCUCCCGGUCGGCCCCCCCACGCAGAGCUGCCGAUAGAAGCGCGCCAUAAUAUAUCGCGGAGCACCGAGCAAAAGGGGAGCUUCCAUGAUCACCUUACCAAGACCUCCCACAAACCACACAGGGCAACCCCACGCUAUCUACUAGAACCGUGUGCUCCCCAUCCCGGAGCUGUUUGCUUCUGGUCUCGUCGUCCACCUUCAGACUGGUUUGUUUGGUUUCCAUUGCCCUUUGGGAUUCUGGUGUGUUUGCGAGGUGAAGGAGCGUUAGGAAGUUUGGAAGAAAGGAUGCCUCUGAAGUUUGAGGUAUAGUAGCAUGAGUGAGUGUGGCAGGGAGAGAUACAGGCUGAGUUUGCCGCUCCUCUUCUCUUGCCAUUGUUCAGAGCCGAACAGGGUGAUCCUUCUCCGGUUUAGGAACCCCUCCAGAGGUUAGUUCUCUGUGCUUGUUGGCUUGUUGCUGUCGUGCUGAGUCGGGGUGGUCGAUCGAUCGACACAAAUGCUAGCGUCUGGGAGAAGGCUUCUCCUUGUGUGCACAAGCUUUGCGAUUCUUUCGCUUCUUGCGCCGUCCAAUGGCGCCUCAAAUUCCACGGAGACUCUCAGUCGGGGCCACAACAAGACCGGGAAUCCUUUGGAGUAUAAGCAGGGUUACACUACUGAUUGCAGAAACCUACAUUUUCAGAUGACACCCAGAGUAUCAUUUCAGCUCAAGCUACACGCAUUGUUCCAUUGGUCUUCGUUCGGUUUCCUGAUGCCAUUAGGGAUAAUACUAGUCAGAAUGUCAACCAAAUCACAAAACGGCGGUUGCAUCCGACUCCUCUUCUAUUGUCAUGUCAUUUCGCAGGUUGCAGCUGUCCUUCUUGCAACAGGCGGCGCGGUACUGUCGUUGAUGAACUUUGAAAACUCAUUCAGUAACAGUCACCAAAGAGUAGGAUUGGCACUAUAUGGAGUCAUGUGGCUCCAGCCAAUAAUCGGUUUCUUCAGGCCAGAAAGAGGUGUUAAGGUGAGGAGUCUAUGGUACUUCUUCCAUUGGCUCCUCGGAAUCGCAAUCUGCGCCACGGGCAUCGUGAAUGUUUACAUUGGCCUUCGUACCUACCAUGAGAGAACCACCAAGAGCGUGAGGCUCUGGACUGGCCUCCUCACCGUUGAGGUCAUCUUCCUGGGUUUCUUCUACCUCAUGAUAGACAGGUGGAGCUACAUGAUGAAGCAAGGGCACGCCUCCGUUGAGCAGCUCAGGCCUACAGAUAAUCGAAGAACCUAUCCAACCACACUUCGGAAAGAGCUAGCUAUCGUGCAAGAGUGACAUCUCCAAAUGGAAAGGCAAUGUUGGGAGGCGAGGUGCUGUAAAGUUUGCUGAAGAUAGUAAUGUUGCUAAUGUUGGUCACUUGUAUGCUUUGAGUGGUGUGACGUUCUUUAGAACAUGUGAGAGUGUGCAUUCCAGAAUAUUGUACAGCUUUUACAGUUGAUUUGGGAAUGCGGAGGAUUGGAGCCUCUGCUGUUGCAUCUUGCGCAUCGCUUUUUGGAUUCCGUUUAGAGCAACCAUUGGCAUAGUUUAUCGAUGGCAGACAGCUGUAGCAUUAUACUAGCAUGUCUUUUGGGGCGAAAUGUUCAGAACUGUGCUUAGUAUCCAUGUUCACAAGUUUUUAAGAAAUUAGCACUUCAAUCAUGCAGCAUUUCACAGUGCAAAAGACAGGAAGAGAUCACCUUUUAAAUUUGUAACACAUGACCUUUUUAUA